UCCCGAACAGAUAAGUUCUACUACCUCGCCAAGGAGCAGGGCUUCCGCUCGCGCGCGUCGUUCAAGCUCGUCCAGCUCAACCGCAAGUAUGACUUCUUCAGCGGCGCGCGCGCGUGCAUGGACCUCUGCGCCGCCCCCGGCGGUUGGCUCCAGGUGGCGCAAAAGUACAUGCCGAUGUCGUCGCUCAUCGUGGGCGUCGACCUCGCGCCAAUCAAGCCCAUCCGCGGGUGCACCACCUUCGUGGACGACAUCACCACGCAGUCGUGCCGCGCGCAGCUUCGCAGGGUCACCCCGGAGGGCACCAAGUACGACAUCGUCAUGAACGACGGCGCUCCAAACGUCGGCGGCAACUUCGCCGCCGAGUCCUACACCCAGGCGGCGCUCACGCUCGACUCGCUCCGCCUCGCCUCGGAGUUUCUCCGCGAGGGCGGAUGGUUCGUGACGAAGGUGUUCCGCUCCACCGAGUACCACGCGCUGCUCUACUCCAUGCAGCAGCUGUUCAAGAAGGUGGAGAGCACCAAACCGGUGGCGUCUCGCGGAACCUCGGCGGAGAUUUACGUCGUGUGCAUCGGGUACCUGGCGCCAGCCAAGAUCGACCCG